UAGUCGGUCUCAUUUUCAAAAAGCGUGACUUGGAUUUUGAGCUUUCGAAGUAUACGUUCGGAAAUCGUGAUAACUUACAUUACAAUGGCUUCGGCUAAUGAAAUCGAUAUAAUAGGUGAACUACAAAAGAAACCAUUUCUGUUUGACAAUCAGGCGAGCAAAAUAUACUCGUAAAGCAGCGGCCAAUUCCAAAUUUACAAGCGACUACAGGCAAUAGAAGCUUUCAGGAAAGUUGGUACUCGAAGAAAGAUUGGCUUUGUGGUAGCUCAGAAAAGAAUGCAUUGUUCUGUUGGCCUUGUCUUUUGUUUUUCCCUGGAUCGUCAUCUUCAUGGACGCAGACGAGAUUCAAAAACAUGAAGAAUUUCCUAUCCGAUUGUAAGAAGCAUGAGAAGGCAAAAUCGCACAUGGGUGCUUACAAGACCUGGAAGACCUAAGGUUUUCAGCCUCGUGUCGACUGUCUCAUGUCACAAGCUAGACGUGAAGAGAUUCAGCGUCAUAACGAGGAGGUUGAUGAGGCAACUGAUGUUUCUACCAAAGAACAAUUGAGUGUAAUUGUUCGAAUGGACAAAGGGGAAAGUGUCAUUGAAAGACAGCUUGGGUUUGUUGAUGUUAGUUGUGAUAGGACUGCAACUGCCAUAUCAUCAGUGGUUAAGGGUAAGUUAAGUCAAUAUAAUAAUGGGAAAGAGAAAUUUAUUGGACAGACUUAUGAUGGUGCAUCUGUUAUGUCUGGUCAUCUCAAUGGUGUUCAAGCUCAAGUUCAGCAGGAUUAUCCUUAUGCUCAAUUUGUUCACUGUGCUGCCCAUAGACUAAAUCUAGUAUUAUGUCAAGCUGCAUCCUCCAUUUCACCUGUUAAGAUUUUCUUUGUUAAUAUUAGUGCUUUCUGCACCUUUACUAGCAAUUCCUCCAAAGAAAAGCUUUACUAUCAUCCCAUAGGCUUGAGUUUCCUAGUCCUGGUGACACAAGAUGGUAUUAUAGGGCUCAUGUCAUCAAUGUCUUGCAUUCUAACUAUGAGAAACUGAUAGACAUAUUUGAAAAUCUUACUGAU